AUGACAAAGAAAAGAAAAAAGGGAAGAAAAGGAAGUGAAGAAAAGUUACGAAAAAGAAAAAGAAACGAAAAAGAUAAAAGAAAAAGAAUAAAGGAAAGAACAAAUGAAAGGGAAGAACAAAUAAAAAAGGGAAAAACAAAUGAAAAGUGA